AUGAUCACAUAAGAGCUGGUGAGUAGGACAUUUACCCUGCGUCUCUCUCUUUCUGCUCUUGAAUGGCAUGGGUGGGAGUUUUAUAUCAAUUGAAGGACUCCAAAACCUCAAUUUACAGUACUAUAUAAUGCAUUACCAUAUCAUCUUGCUGUCUCCACUCAGGAGUGACAUAGCUGCUGGAGUCAGAGGUUCCUCUGGAAGCCUCCAAGAACUUUGGGUACAGUAGAACUGCUGAAAAAAGUGAUAUGUCUGUUUGCGUUGUGAUAUAAGUCAUUUUCCUGUCCCAGGCUAAGAACUUCUCAGAGGCUCUGGAGUGGUAUUACCACUCUAUGAGUUUCUACAGAUGGAGCCCAACCUUUCUACAGAUGGAGCCCAACCUUUCUACAGAUGGAGCCCAACCUUUCUACAGAUGGAGCCCAACCUUUCUUCAGAUGGAGCCAACAUGCAGGAAGCAGGACGCCUCCUGCUGGACAAGUGUGCGUGUGUGUCAGGCCAAGAAGCCAUAGAGGACGCAGAGAGACAUGAUCCAAACAGCAUCUUCACUCAGUUCAGUGUUUACAAGAUUGCUGUCCUGGAUAACAAUGUGGAGGAAGCUUCAGGGGCAGUGAAGGCCAUCGGGACUCUGGCACAAAGUCCUGUGACUAGCGAGGACAGACUGCUGUUGGCUAAGAACGCUGACUCCAACCACCAUCAGUCUGGCUGCUCAAAUCGCUCUGGAGGUGUGUCCCCAUUACUGACCUACCUCUGGGAAGUAUGGUGAAAAUGUUGGUGAUUAUGGUGAUGAUAAUGAUGAUGAUGACAAUUCUUGAAGGAGAACAUACCCACCAUCAUCAUGAACAACAGGACACAGCCACGAAGGCUCUGGAGAGUUUGCGUGAAAACUCAAAAGAUGUAGCUCAGGUUGUCACUGCUCUCAGGACAGUUACUAACACACAAAAUCAGUGAACUCUUGUCCAGCAAGAUCGGAACACUACAUGUGAAUCGUAAUACAUACAUUACGUUAUCAUAAACAUGACAUAACCUACAAUGACAGUUGAUUGUGGCCAUUUGUGUCACCAGUCUUCCACCAUAAAUGCAUUAUAAA